CUCCUCCACACCUUCCUGCCUAUGCUCAACUCUCAACCCCAGUACUAUACGUUACCUCACAGGGCGCACCAAUGUUACCCGAUUACUAUCAUCAACAGAUGUAUCAAGCAGCGGUUCCACCAAGUGUGAAUGUCCAAGAUCUCAACAUGCGUCCAAAGAGGGCCAUCAAGAGAAGAACUAGAACUGGCUGCCUCACAUGUCGCCGUAGAAGAAUCAAAUGUGAUGAACGCAAACCGGGUUGUCGCAACUGUGAAAAGAGCAGAAUCUGUUGUGCUGGAUAUCAACGUGUCAAGCCAACAAAGCAAGAGAUCAAGAAAAUCACCAGACAGAUGAGUGUCAACACCAUCUUGUCAUGAAUAUAAACGGAUUACUUAUCUCGUCAACAGGUUGAUGAUUCUACGUUUUGGUAUUUUUUUUUCUUUCUUUUCUUUUUUUUUAAGAAUGUUUGGGGUUUUAGUUGGAAGGGCGCUGGCGUUUUAUUCAAAAGAUAUCUAUCGGUUUACCGUGUACGGUAAACGCGAGGUGUCAUAUCUUGACUUACAUAGGCUAUAGAGAUUAUAGUUCUUAAUGAAUGAUCAAAAUGACUCUUAUG